UUUGUAAUUUAGGUUGUGUGAAACUCUUUGGGCCUCAUAAACAACCACAGAACCACAAGUUGGGUGCAGACCAGUCACACAACAGUGGGUCCGGGAUAUUGGUCAGCACACAGCAACUCAUUCUGAUUUAAACCACAGAGUGCCAAGCAUUUCGUACAGUGGUGGGAGACCUGUGCAACCAGUUAGGACGGCUUCACGGGACACCAUGGCUUCGAACAGCAUAUUCGAGUCAUUUCCUUCAUAUCAACAGUGCUUCAUGCGAGAUACCAACACCAGCCGCCGGUUCACGCCGCCUUCCACCACGCUGAGCACGGGGAAGAUGAGCGACUCUCUCCCGCUGGCCCCGCAGGAGAGCGCCCUGAGUAAACUCCGAGCCGCCGAUCGCAGCAUGGUCGACGUUUUAGCCGAUCAUCCCGGGGAGCUGGUCCGGACGGACAGUCCAAAUUUCCUCUGCUCCGUCCUCCCGACUCACUGGAGGUGUAACAAGACGCUACCCAUCGCAUUUAAGGUAGUCGCUCUGGGAGAUGUCCCUGACGGGACCCUGGUCACGGUCCUGGCUGGUAAUGAUGAGAAUUACUCGGCCGAGCUGCGCAACGCCACGGCGGUCAUGAAGAAUCAAGUGGCCCGCUUCAACGACCUGCGUUUCGUCGGACGGAGUGGCCGAGGGAAGAGUUUCACGUUGACAAUCACGGUAUUUACAAACCCGCCUCAAGUUGCCACUUACCACCGAGCCAUCAAGAUCACGGUUGACGGACCCAGGGAACCCAGGAGACAUAGACAGAAGUUGGAAGAGCAGAGUAAAAAUGCCAGCCUGGCCUUCUCAGAACGGCUCAGUGAAUUAGAGCAGCUACGUCGCUCGGCCAUGAGGCUCAGCCCUCAUCACCCCACUACCGCUCCCAACCCGCGGCCCUCACUGAAUCCCACAACUGCCUUUAAUCCUCAGGCACCAAGCCAAAUUCAAGAUACCAGGCAUGUACAGCCUUCGCCACCAUGGACAUACGAUCAGUCAUACCCAUACCUUGGGCAGAUCUCCACACCCUCUGUUCAUCCGACAACACCCAUCUCCCCUGGGCGAGCGAGUGGGAUGCCGACAAUCACAGCAGAAAUCUCCAGCAGGCUUUCAGGUGCCUCUGACUUGACAGCAUUUGGAGACCCUCGAAUGGGCAUUGACCGCCAAUUCUCAGCCCUUCCUUCUCUCUCUGACAGCCGCUUCACAGAUCCUCGAAUGCACUACCCAGGACCAUUUGCGUACACACCCACUCCUGUCACUACAGGCAUUGGAAUUGGCAUGUCUGCUAUGACAACUGCAGCACGUUACCACACAUACCUGCCUCCUCCUUACCCAGGCUCUGCCCAAGGUCAAACUGGACCCUUCCAAACUAGCUCUUCUCCCUACCAUCUAUACUAUGGCACCUCAGCUGGGUCCUACCAGUUUUCCAUGAUGACAGGGGGAGACCGGUCGCCACCCCGGAUUCUACCACCCUGCACCAAUGCAUCGACAGGAUCCAGCCUUCUGAACCCAAACCUUCCCAAUCAAAGCGAUGUAGUGGACGCAGAUGGGAGUCACAGCAACUCCCCAACAAAUAUGAGCACCACAGGAAGACUGGAGGAGGCGGUGUGGCGGCCAUAUUGACUAUGAAGCAUCUUCAACUCAAUCAGAGAGCCUAUGGAUUCCUUCAUCAAUGGCAAAGCAAGUGCAAGAUUUUCAUUAGACCUGGAAACAUUGGGGGCACUGAGAAAGCCGUGAUUGGGAUCAUUGAGUGUAAAAGGAAAAUAUUUGUAUUCAUAUGGUUACCCUUUGCCAGGUUUGUGAAGCAGAUUUUUGUCGUUUUUGGAAAUUCGUCCAAGUUGUUUUGCAUCUACCGGCAAAAAGUCUUUUUGUCUCGCACCUUACCUUGUAUGAAGCAAAACUGUUUUUUUUUUUGCCUGAAUUUUAUUAAAAUAAAUUAAUAUUGUUGCCUACAGAUUGAAAGGAAGUUGCCAGCUUGCCUUUUCAUCUGUUAUCGGUUUCCUUUUUCAAAAGGUUACAGCUUCAGUUUUCAAUCAAAUUGACUACUGUGCAGCAAGUAUUGCAAGCAGAGCAGAUAGUUUGCGUUUUUUUAAUAGCAAGUUAAUAGCAUUUUGGAAACAAAAAAAGCCAAAAAAAACAACGAACACUUUUCUUAACCAAAUGGAAUAGAUUUCAGUUACAGAAAUUAUAUGGAGCAAAGCUUGACAUUAUUUUGUGUUUUAUUUCAACAUCUGUGUUAGUUGCUUGACUUUCCUACUGGCACAUUACAUCCAGACAGGCAGUGGUUAUUUGAAAUACACCAGAAGCGUAAACAUUUAAGAUAGAUAUUUAAUAUUACUCCAGGAGCAGCAGGGUGAUCCGGAAGGCUAAUGGAAUGCUGACACUUAUUUCACUGGGGUUGGAGUACAAGAGCAGGGAAGUUUUACUGCACCUGUACAAGGUGCUGGUGAGAUCACAUCUGGAAUACAUGUGAGCAGUUUUUGUCCCCUUAUUUAAGAAAAGAGAUCAAUUCAAUGGAGGCAAUUUAGAGAAGGUUCACUAGGAUGAUCCCUGGUAUAGAUGAAUUUUUUAUACGCAAGGGUUAAACAGGAUGGGAUUCAACUCUUUGGAAUUUAGAAGAGCAAGUAGUGAUCGAGGAUCAAAAGAUAUAGUUUCAGGAUAAAGGGGUACCAAAUUAAGACUGAGAUAAGAAAGAAUUUCUUCUCUCUGAGGGGUGAGAGCCUUUGGAACUCCAUGACACUGUUGGGGCCCUUGUGUAUAUGCAAGGCUGAGAUGGAUUAUUAGACGAAUUAAGGAUGACAGGGAAAGAGCAACAAAGUGGGCAUGAAGAAUGUCAAAUCAGCCAUCAUCCUGUUGAAUGGCAGAGCAGGCUCAAAGGCCUAAAUAGCCUAUUCCUGUUCCUAUGGUCCUCUAUGCUUCAAUUCACCUUUUCUUAAAAAUGAAAUAAUUGCUACCUGCUACUGGGGUGGAGUGGUGCUGUGGAUAGAAAGAACACUAGGUCACACCAUUGUUCACAAGUUCACAAUUAGAGUCAUAGGGUAAUACAGCAUGGAAACAGCUCCUUUGGCCCAAACUGGUCCAUGCUCCCCAUGGUGCCUACUUGGCUAGUUCCAAUUGCCUGCGUUUGGUCCAUAUCUCUCUAAUCCCUUCCCAUCCAUGUACUUGUCCAAUGUUUUUUAAAUGUUGCUAUUGUACCUGCCUCAACCAUUUUCUCUGGCAGCCCAUUCCACACACUCAGCACUGUGAAGAAGUUGCCCCUCAGAUCCAUCUUAAAUCUUCCCCCUCUCACCUUAAACCUAUGCCAUCUAGUUUUGAAUUCCCCAUCCCUGGGAGAAAGACUAUAUGCAUUCACCCUAGCUAUGCCCCUCAUUAUUUUAUUCACCUCAAUUCAUUGGUUGUUGGAGAGGGUGGAUUUGUCUGUGAUGCAGGCCAGGUGAGACACACUAAUAACUGUCCAUCCUUGAGGUGAAAUGAUGCACUGAUUUGGAGAUCGCAACAAAAAUCACUUGCAAAUUUCACCUAUUUUCAAGCCGCCUUUGUACAGAACAAAUGAUUGCAAUGGCAUCUAUAGUGGAGGAAGUCCAUUGAUGGGUUUUGGGAGCCAUUAAUCUUGCAGACACAUUGACCAGUUUGGGUGACGUUAACAAGAUAACCUGUAUUUUUUGUAGCAUAAAGAGGUAUUGAUGUUAGCUCCUAUUCUGGUCCUGUUUUCAGUUUGAAUGUUCUUUCUUCUAGAGGCAGAUGGUUUAUCCCCAAGGAGAUACUUGAUGUGUCAAGCUUUGAUUUCCCCAAUAGUUAGUGUCUAUUAGUAGUGCUAUUAGAAAAGUGUGAGUAACAUUUCCAGAUGUUUGCCCAUUGGCACUUAAACCACAGUGGACCUGUUAAGCUUUGCAAACAUAUAUUUCAAAGAAGGAAGAAUGGUCAGUCAACACUGCUAUAUCAAAUGACUCCAGACAUGUCAGGCACCAGAGAAAGACAGGCACAGGAGCAGCAGAUCUCAGAUCCAUCUGCAUUCUGCUCUGGUUACUGGACCCAACUGCCAAUAAGUCAUGGCUUUUAUAGUAAUUGGUUGAAUGUUAUUUAAUUUCCAUUGUGAGUGUAUUACUUCAUUUGCUGGUCAACUCAAAAGAUCAUGGGAAAGCAGGACUUUAAAUCUAUGUUUCAAAGACUGGAACAUGAUUCACAUAAGGAAGGUCCAGGGCUGCAGGCAGCAAAACAGCUGGAUUUGUUAUUUAAAGCUUUGGUUUCCAAGAGUUCCUUAUUGAUCCUUUAAAACAACGUAUAAGGAACAUUUAUGUUUAUUUGCUACCUUACAAUAGUAAGAUAUGCCAGCUGUCUUAAAUAUGUACGCAGUGUGUUGACUAAAGACUGGAUAACUUACGUCAUUCUGAUGAGCUAUAAAAUUGAUAUUGUUUUCUUGAGUCAAGCUCAUUAUUGUGUCUAUAUUUGUAAAUAAGCAAGAGUUUUUUUUUCCAAAAAUUUUCCAGCUAUCGUUGCUAGUAAUUGUACAAACACCACUGCGCUUCAGACUUUACUUUUCAACAUUUUUUUUUCAAACAACUUCUCAAUUGCAUUUGCAAACCUCCUCUUGUUUAUGUUGUCAUUUCUCAAACCUAGAUGUUGUAGGUGUAAAGUUACACGCAUUAAGAAAGCAUUUCCUGUUCACUGCAACCCAGCUAUUGGAUGCCAUUUCUCCAGCACAGCAGCUAACUCCCACAGUGGAUGGUAUCAGGGCGGCUGGACUGCUGCAGGUUUUCUGAUGAACAUAUUGACAUUCAUACUCUUUGUACCAAAGUUUGUUGAACAAUUUCAUAGUUAUAUUGUG